GAGAGCAUGGAGCAGAGGAAAUUUCACUGAGGGCUGCGUGGGGGUGGAGUGGUGGGGGCAGAGACACAGGAGUCAGAGACACGAGGGAGGAGUGGUGGUGGGGGAGGAGAGACACACAGUCGAGCUCCAUUUACAGGUGAGCGAAGAGCAGCCAGUUGACUCGAGAUGCUUCAGCAAAUCCUGCGAGAUAUGUACAUCGACCCCGACUUACUGGCAGAACUGAACGACGACCAGAAACAGAUCCUGUUCUAUAAGAUGAGGGAGGAGCAGGUGAGGAGGUGGACGGAGAAAGAGAGGUUGGAGAGUCAACUCACCAUUGUACAGAGCAACCAGACACAUCCAAAGGCAGCCCGCAGCAGACGUGUGGAGUGGCUCCAUGGGAAGGAUAAUGAGGUUUGGGUCUGGAUCAUGGGGGAAGCUCCCGGAGACAAGCCUUACGAGCAAAUUACCGAGGAGAUCAUGGCCAAGAGCGCAAGGCAACAGGCUCAGCAAGAAGCCCUGGCAAAGUGGCGAGAGAAAGAAGCCGAGAUUAGGAAGAAGUUCCGGGAAGCCGUGCUGAAGGAGAAAACUCGCUUUGUGGCAGGCAAGUGGAGGGAGGAGGCCGAGGACAGGAGAGCCGCCAAGCUGGAGGAGCUGAAGAAACGAGAGGAGGAGGAGAGACAGCGAGGAGAAGCUGAGAUCCGGUGUCAGGAGGAGAUCCGAGCCAACGAGCUCUACAUUAGCCUGAAGGAGGCUCAUCAGCAGGGCCGAAGCGAAAGCGACGAGCGGGAAUGGGAGGAAAUGUUACGCAGGUCAAAAGCCGCGGAUGAGGACAGGAAGCACAUGGCACGGCGGGCGAGGGAUGAAUACCAUCGCCAAUCUCUCCGUGCCAUCGAGAGAGGCAAGGUGGCCGGCCUGAGUCAUCUCUUCCAGAACAGGACAGCGGAUCAGAACACCAACUUCAGCAACGGGCAGCCUGCGAGACCCCUCAGCGCCCGGUCACCUACCCCUCCAGCCCCCAGCAGCACAGGGACGGGAGAGCGCUCUUUCCGGCCAGAGUCUCGAGAGGCCGUGGUGAGGUGGUUCCAGGAGGAGCAGGUCUCCCGUCGCUCGGCUUUCGAGAGGGACAGCAAUGUGGUCGCACCUUGGUUUCAUGGGAUCAUCUCCAGACAAGAGGCCGAGGAGCUGCUGAUGAACACGGCUGAGGGCUCCUUCCUGACCCGGGUGAGCGAGCGGAUCUGGGGCUACAUCCUCUCCUACCGCCAGCAGACAGGCUUCAAACACUUCCCGGUGGACGCUUCCGGAGGCUUCUACAGCUUCCUGGGUGUGGAUCCCAUUCGUCACGAAACCCUGGCUGAUCUCAUCCACUUUCACAAGGACGAGAUUAUCACCACCACAGGCAAUGAGCUCCUCCAUGAAGCCUGUGGUCAAACCAGGCGUCCCCCGGACUACAGUGAGCUCUUCCCGACUCCGAGCCAGCCUCAGUAACAAGAGCUGCUGACUCAGUUCCCAGACUCUACACCC